AUGGAGGCUCCUUCGCGUCUUUCGACCUGCAACGGCAGCCGAAAGGCCUGCCAUUCGUUUGCAGGCGAAACUCGUCUUACCUCAUUCCUUCAACGCCGCUGGUCGCGUCCUGGCCAGUCCCGCCGACUAUUGCAAGUCCCUGGGCCUUUCUACCACGGCCUCUUAAUUUUAAUUCUUAUUCUCUGUUUUUCGCCUAUAGCAGCUCUAGCGCAGCCUGCAGUUGCGUCGAACCAUCUGGCAGAUUUCUUACGAUCGGCUCCAGUUUCACAUGGAGAGACUUUUGCGAGUGGUCUCCAACGGGGAUCUUCACCACUCCAGUUUCGUGGUGUACCAGCAGAUGGGGUUGGUCGCGACGAUGCGGCCAAAGGAAACGAUACAAAGAAUGACGGCGCUUUGCUACUGCGACGGACUGUAACUGCGGAUUCCAACUCAUCCUCGGACAUGCCGACCCCGUUCGAUACCAUUUCUUAUAAUUUCGCCAACCAGAGCUGCACGACCUUCUUUACCAAUUUUCUCUCCAACUCCACGAUAACCGAUUGUCACGCCGUUUCGCUGCUCCUCGAGAACUCUAAUUCCUUCUUUCACACGUUGGCUUCUGCUGCGGCCACUUCACGCGUCCUCGACAUAACCUGCUCCCAGCCGGUCGCCAAAUGCGCGUCGAUCCUGACAUCCCUGGCGAGUGAAAUGAUCAAGAACGAAAAUUGUGGCCAGGACUAUAACUCGGGCAACUCCGUGGUGCAGAGCACGUAUGAGGACCUGAUGGCAUACGAGCCCGUUUACCGCGCGUCAUGCUUGACUAACCCCGACACCAAGAACUACUGCUUUGUUGACGUGGUACAAAAUUCAACGGCGCCGAAUGACUAUAAUGUCUAUUUUGUCCCGCUGGGCUCAACCCUCACCAAGUCCGGUACUCUGACUUGCAAUCAGUGUUUGCAGGCAACCAUGGAUAUCUUUGCGCACUGGGCUACCGUCAACGGCCAAUCUCUCGAUACUACCUAUGUUCCAUCCGCGAAGGUCGUCAAUAGCUAUUGCGGCGCCGGAUUCUCGAAUGCCAAUGUCACUGUCGGCUCUGACACAGUCACGGCUGGUGCUGGGCGGAGUGUACGUCUGCCCGAUGUACGAUUCGCCGUCUCUUUAUUCGGUCUAUUCCUGGGAGUCGUACUUACAGGGAUUUUCUGA